AUGAAGUUUCACACCAGUCUCCUGUUUCUGCUGGGAACUGUCACUACCACCGCUCUCGCUGCGAACUAUACCACCGUUGAUUUCUCGGACUGCGUGGUGUCUUACUGGGAACAAACUUACCCCGACUGCGCCAUCACUGACACCUCAUGUGUCUGUACGAAGGGGUCCAGCUUGGUCGCCUAUGCGUCUAGCGAAUGUACCCCCAAGGAAUACUUCCAUGCCAGGCACCUGUUCGAACAAGAAUGCAAUAUUCGCCCCCGCGCAGGGCCCUCUCUCGUCGACCCCUCGGUGCUCGCGCCACUCGUUUUGGCUACCGUCUUCUUCAUCAUCCGACUCUGGGCUAAAUUCCAGGGUCUCGCUGGAGGCUGGGGUCCGGACGACACUACAAUCGCAUUGUCAUUUGUCUUCGGGGUUGUCGAGUAUGCUAUGUACGAUAGGAUGAUUUAUUUCGGCUUUGGUCAAAACAUCUGGGACGUUCCAUUCGACCAUAUCACCAACUUCUACAAGCACUUCGAAGCGCUUGCGAUGAUGUACAAGACCCAGAUCUCGCUCGCCAAGAUCUCCGUCCUUCUCUUCCUCCUUCGCAUCUUCCAGUCGCGCGUCUUCCGCAUUUUCGCCUACAUCAUGAUCGCCGUCAACGCUUCCAUCGGUAUCACUUUCGCGCUGGUCGAUCUGCUCCGAUGCACCCCGGUACACCUGGAUUGGAACGGAUGGGCCACGAACUACGCCGGAGGGACAUGUAUCGAUUUCAUCGACGCCGUCCUCGUCCACUGUAUCGUGAAUAUCAUUGCCGACGUCGUCAUCAUCAUCCUCCCAGUGUACGAGGUAUCGAAGCUGCAGCUGCCGAUCGGAAAGAAGAUCACCGUGGGAAUGAUGUUCAUGAUGGGAUUGAUCUUGACCGUCGUCGCGAUCAUCCGUCUGGUUGUCUUCUGGAACCACCGCUGGGGAGUCAAUCAAACUGCCGGUCUGUUCCCGCUCAUUCACUGGUCUGUCAUUGAAUCGCAAGUCGCCAUUCUGACCACCUGUCUGCCCGCCGCCCGCGCUGUCGCCGCGCACCACAUUCCGGGCGUGAACAGCCAGAACUCGCGUCGGACAUACGCUUCGCGCGCCCCCUCGUUCCUCUCCAAGGGCCAGUCCAACGCCAACAGCAAGAUCUCCAAGUCCGUCAAUUUUUCCGUUGACUACGUGUCCCGCGGACCGCGCGACGACAACAGCGAGGUCCACCUGGUGGAGAUGGAUGGGAAGUACAGUCGGGUCUGA